CCGGGGGCGGGCCUUCCGGGAGAAGGGAGGGCCUUCCGGGAGAGGGGCCCGCGGGAGAGGAAGGUCGCGCGUAGGGACCCUUGCUCCUUGCUGCUCAGGAAAUGUCCUCACUUUCAGAAUAUGCCUUGCGCAUGAGUCGUCUCAGUGCCCGGCUCUUUGGUGAAGUUGCCAGGCCCACUGAUUCCAAAUCCAUGAAAGUGGUGAAGCUCUUCAGUGAGCAACCGUUAGCCAAGAGGAAGGAGACUUACGACUGGUAUCCAAAUCACAACACUUACUUCGCACUCAUGGGGACGCUACGUUGUCUUGGCCUCUAUAGAGAUGAGCAUCAGGACUUCAAGGAUGAGCAGAUGCGUCUAAAGAAGCUUCGUGGCAAAGGGAAACCAAGGAAAGGAGAAGGGAAAAGAGCAGCAAAAAAGAAAUAGUGUUGGUCCAUCAGGAGAAAAAACUUCUUUCUCAGCAACUGGCAGCAGAAGAAGGUGUAUUCAUCUUUCCACAUCUUGGAGGAGUGGGAGCUUCCUAAACUGAAGAUUUGGAGGAACACAAUCAUUUCUGUGUUGAAGUCCAAUCCAGUUGAAUCGUGACUGGUUUCUGGGACAUGUUAUAAUUCUGCAAAGCUGUUUUGGCCUUGGUUUUUUACUCAGAUGUUUACCUCUUUCUCUAAAGAAAUGAUUGAAGAAGGACUCAUUUGGGGUGGAAAUGGGAUGUUGAGAGCACGGGGACAAACUCAUUCGGUGAGCAUCCUUUAGUGUCCUCAGUAUCCCUUCUUGCUUCCCCCACUGCACCAGCCCUGAACUCCUCCACCCCUCUGACCGCUCAGCCACCGUCUCCACCACCAAGCUCAUCAACUUUAGGUACCUCUCCACCUAUUCCUUGGAGACUAUCUAAUAAGAUAGAUUUGUGGGACACGGCUGUACCUGCUGAGAGAGUACUGAGUACCUGCUGUAUACAAUGUACUGGGGCCCUGGUAAUACCAUGGUUAGCAAUAGAAAACAGUCCCUUCCUUGUGGAACUUUCAGGCUUGUGGGGAAGACUAAAUAUUGUAUCAUUACACAAAUGAAAUUGUAUUAAACGCUACAAAGGAAAAAUUCAGACUUCUGCGACAGUGUGGAUCAAUGGAUGGCUCAAUCUAGAGAUAGCAAGAGGCCCAAACUUCAGGUAGUUUCAAGAAGGCCUCUCUAGGCACUC